AUGUCUCGGGUGGUCCACGAGUUCCCCGACCCCGACCUGAGGGUGCUGUUUGACGAUUACCAGCGUCAGGCCCCCGCCCAUUUCUAUCGUCCUGAUGACGACGCCAUUCUUUUUGACCACUUUCCCGAUGUAACGGUGGCGCUUUCACCUACCUUAAACAGUCAAAGUGAAGCUAACCGAUCACUACAGAGUGCCAUGAAGUCGAAUCCUCGUUCCGCCGACGUAUUUGUGCUUAAUCACGGUAUUACCAUCUGGUUUGGAGACAUGGGGGUAGAAAUCAACUAUACCGCCAUGGGAUUCAGUGGAUUGACUGAACUGGGAGUUUUGGUGAUACAGGCAGAGCUGGUAUCAUCACCAAACGGGGCUCUGGAGCCCGUAAUGUGGAACUUAAGUGGUAAUGACGUUGAGAGGUUAUACCACGCUAUCGUUCGCUGCUGCCAGCUAGUGGCUACGGAAACCACCGACGACGACCAAGAACUGCUGGGCAGUGGUCCCGGGUGGGCAGUCGAAGGCGACUGGCUGUUUUCCAGUGGCGUGGCCGACGAUUUGGACGCUACCACUACAAUGAACGAUGGCGACGAUGCCGCCAUGAGUGUCGAUGUUGGCUACGCUCUGACUGUUGGGACGAAGCGUCUGAUGCGGGAGGAGUUGUCUACUAAGCGAUCCAAGACCCAGUGA